UGGGCGCAUCUCUCUGGUUUAGCGACUUCGUCUUGUUUUUCGGCGGCUAAAUGAGCCUCAAUAUGCGAAAUCUCCUCUCUCAAGGGUCAGCAGAGGGUUCAAGCACGGUAGCUGGUAAUACCAUCUCGUCGACUCACUUGGUCGUGUCCUUGGUGUAUUCGCUUUCUGCCUGCCUCAGGUUGAUGUUGAGUUGACGCGCGAAGCAUGGCGGGCGCUAGGUUGGGUCGCAACUUCCUCUCUACAGGAUCUGCGACACGCCUGCGACUUCCCCCAGCGGCAAAUGGGAAGGCGCGCUCGAGCAACGCAUCUCGAGGCAUAAUCGACUCCAUGUCACCUACAGCGCCUUGUCCUCUCGACGAUAGUGACCAUGAGAUAGCGGGCAUUGAUAUCGACCCUGAUGUCAUCUCAAGUCGUAUCGCCCCGUGCUGCCGCGUACUCGAAGGAAGAUCGCUGGGAGGGUCGGAUAGCAUGGGUAGCCGUGCCUCGAGCAUGGUGCAACAGCUGUCUUUUCAUUUCUUUUACCGUGGCCCUUUGUUUCCCAAUGUUCUAUUCGCGUCCGGUCUGUGCUCUAUACAUGAUGUCACUCGACCCAUCUCAUUCACCUCCAGUCAGUCAGGCAAGACGGUCCUUCUGUGGUCGCAUGUCCGGUCGUUGCAAGGCUGGCAGAGGUCAUGGCCACCUCGGCGACAUGGUGAGUUGUCAGGGCUCGCUGGAUGGCCAGCGCAGCGAUAUCUCCAGCUCAGCAUGACGCGCACGCCGUGGUGUUCGGAUGUUAGGCGCAGGUCUGGACGGUAGGGUCGAGCAGGGAGCGCGUCAUGCUAGAGACGGCCCUGGUGUUUGCAAACCAGUAGCCAGUUGGGCAUACGAAGCGUUUGAAGAGUGAAGAGUCAGGAACCAACCCGACGCCGUGGGCGGCUGAAGCUCAAACGUGGCGUAGA